AUGAAGAGUAGAUACUUCCCGUACUCUGAUUUCUUAAAUGCAACCUUAGGAGCCAGACCAUCUUAUGCUUGGAGAAGCAUUUUGCAUGGUAGAGAACUGCUUGUUCAAGGGUUGGUGAAGAAUAUUGGGAAUGGAAAGUCUUUUAAGGUUUGGAUUGAUGCUUGGUUAGAAGAUGGGCUAAUGAGGCCUCCUUGGAGGAGAAAUAAUUAUUUCAACCCAGACCUUAGAAUUUCAGAGCUGAUUGAUAGAGAUAAGAGAGAUUGGGAUGAAGAGGCUCUAGAGUAUCACUUUCUGCCGGCUGAUAUCAUAAGAAUAAAGAAGAUCAAACCGGUUGUAGAGACCUUGUCUUCAAACCAAACGACUCGAGAAGAGGCUAAUAGGUUACCUUCUCUUAACCCGGUCAAGGCCCAAGUCUGGGAUCUCCAAACUGAUCCAAAGAUUAAGGUCUUUUUGUGGAAGAUACUUAGUGGAGCAUUACCGGUGGCUACUGCCUUGAUUUCUAGAGGUAUGAGGACUGACAAUCUGUGUCAAAUCUGUGGAGAGGAAGAUGAAUCCAUAAACCAUGUUCUCUUCACUUGUUCAUGGGCUAGACAAGUUUGGGCGCUCUCUGGAAUUCCUUCUCCUGUGGAAGGCUUUCAAAAUGAAACUGUUCAAAAAAGCUGUGAGGAUUGGAAAGAAUGGGCAGAGGCGCAAGUAGUAGAGGAAGAGGAUGAGAAUGGUGGGAGUAGUGAUGAUCAGCCAAGGCGGGUUUCCCAAAACUGUGGAACUGAUCAUUUGUUGAAAAGGUGGAAGAGACCACCUAAAGAGUGGUUGAAAUGUAACGUUGGUGUCUCUUGGUCCAGUAGAAACAGAUUGGCUGGGGCGUCGUGGGUUUUAAGAGACUAUGAAGGCAAUGUGGUGCUUCAUAGUCGUUGUGCUCUUGUUUCGGUGAUGGACAAAAAAGAUGCUCAGUUUAAAGCAUUGAUAUGGGCAAUUGAGAGUAUGAAGUCCCAUAGAGUGGAGAAGGUGGUUUUUGGUCUGGAGGAUGCAUGUUUAGUAAAGGUUCUUGCUAAACCAAGUGUGUGGCCUUCUUUUAGAUUUCAGUCAAUGGAGGUGGGUCGUCUUAGAGGAUCGUUUAGGGACUGGAAAUUCUUUUUGGAAAACUCAUUUUCAAACAGAGGGGCGUUCUUUAUCGCGCAAAGUGUUACCAGUGAUUGCAGGCUUCAAUCUUAUGUGGAUAGGGGCCAUCCUUCUUGGUUGCGAGGUUUAUUUGCCGAGGAAAUGGUUUCUUCCUCUGUUUGA